CUACAGGCUUAUUUUCCUCUUUCAGUUAAUGAUAAUUAUUAUUUAAAUAAAUACAUAUUAAAUAACUUAUGAAAUAAAACUAUUUAACUUCAUAAUUAUAUAUGUAUUUUAAAUCAUUAGUUUCUGAAAGCUAAAACUUUAAAGCGAUAUUAUUUAUCAACAUAACCUUUAUCACAGAUUUUAAAUAAUAAGGCAAAAUGCGUUACGCACAGUUGGUCGUAGGCCCCGCAGGCAGUGGCAAGUCGACAUACUGUUCCACAAUAGUAAACCAUGCUACCGAUACAAAUCGAGUAAUAGAAGUGGUUAACUUGGACCCCGCGGCGGAGCAUUUCGAUUAUCAGCCACUUGUGGAUAUCCGAGAACUUAUUCAUCUUGAUGAUGCUAUGGAAGAUGAAGAACUUCAGUUCGGACCAAAUGGAGGGCUUGUAUUUUGUUUAGAAACCCUCUUGGAAAACUGUGACUGGUUAGAGGAACAGCUUGGUGAUGUUGAUGAUGACUACAUACUGUUUGACUGUCCGGGUCAGAUAGAACUGUACACACACCUGCCUGUUAUGAGGAAGCUAGUUGAUGCCCUUCAGCGGUGGAACUUCAGGAUAUGUGUUGUAUUCAUGAUAGAUUCACAAUUUAUGAUUGAUGGUGCUAAAUUUCUAUCAGGUACAAUGGCAGCUCUCAGUGUCAUGGUUAAUUUAGAACUGCCACAUGUUAAUGUUUUAACUAAAAUGGAUCUACUUAGCAAGUCGGCUAGGAAACAACUUGAUAACUAUUUAGAUCCAGACCCCCAUAUAUUACUUGCAGACAUGAGAAAUAGUAAAUCAAAAUGGCAUGAGAAGUAUGCUAAACUCACGGAGGCAAUUGGUGAAGUUAUAGAAAACUUUAGUCUUGUAAGAUUUUACCCCCUCAACAUCAAGGAGGAAGAGAGUAUAGACAACAUACUGUUAACCAUAGACAAUAUCAUACAAUAUGGUGAGGAUGCAGAUGUAAAGGUUAAAGAUUUUGAUGAACCGGAUCCAGAAGAUGAUGAUUAGUAAUAAAUGUUGGACAUG